AUGAAUAAGUCAGUCAUUCUCCCGGACUCCAACAUGAAGGAUCUCGUCCCGAUGAAGCUCCUCGCUUUCGUCUCCCUCCUCUUCCUCCUUCCUUGGGGAAUUCUUCAAGCGCAAGCGGACUGCCCAUCCACUGCACCUCCGACUCUCACUCUGACGACCCAUAGCUGCGGGUCGUCCUUGUCGAAAAAAUCCAGCAUACUCGCCUGGCUGGGCCGCCUCUUUUCCGGAUUCGUGGGAGCCACGCUGAGAUCGUCGAUCGAAGAGAGACAGGAGGCCCGCAUCGUGGGGGGAACAAACGCUGCCAUCUUCGGGGCACCGUGGAUGGCCUACAUCGAAGCGGUAUUCCCCGAAGGACCAACCAUCUGCAGUGGAUCUAUCGUCAGCGAGAGAUGGAUCGUUACCGCCGCGCAUUGCAUUGUCAAUCAAAACAAAGUCAAGGCCAGUUCAGUGACGGUUCGGGUGGGGAGUGCCAACAAGAAUACUGGGACAGCCAUCGCCUCGGCCAACUACUUCGCUCAUCCCGAUUAUAACCCAGCUACUUACAACAUGACCGGCUCCGCCGGCAAUGACAUCGCCCUGAUCCAGCUUCCUACGAGUCUGACGUUCGGCACGACCAUCCAGCCGAUCUGCUACCCCUCAAGCGACACCGUCACGGGAUCGACCAUAUCCACCUGCGACCAGAAGGUCUUCGGCUGGGGGACCACCGAUAAGGCCAAUACGAUAUACGCAACCCUCUUGCAGACGCAAAAUGUCACUGUGGUCGCCGACUCCCCGGAUUGCUCCUCCUUUACGGGAGGGAGGAUCAUCUGCGUCCAGAGCGAUGUCUCCGGCAGCGAAGUCUGCGACGGAGACGACGGCGGACCCCUUGUCGUGUGGUACGCCAACCGCGCGUACCUCACCGGGAUGCUCUCCUUCGGGCCCUUCCCCUGUGUCGGAGCCAAGCCUGACCAAUACACCAGGGCUUCCACAUACGCCGAUUGGGUCAAAUCUAAUGUCAAUCCUUGA